UAUUACGUCAUAUCACCAAAUACCAAAUAGUCAAGCCGUCAUUAUUACUUGCUUCACUACCUCAUAGGUACCUAUCUAUACUCCAUUAUAAGAUCAAUUCCACGGCUUCGAUGAGUCAGUUUUUAAAAUAUCUCACACAUCAAUUCUUCCAUUUACAUUCUACUCUAUUACCAUUGCUUAUCACCAACAUCGUAUUAACUCUUUAAGUGACCGUUCUAGAAAUGCUCUUACAAAUCCUUCAUCUUGCCCAAGCCGCCUUGGCAAUCUACGGCGGCAAGCAAUCUUACAUCGCCAUCACCAACCUCCAAAAAUACGACAAUGCAACAAAAAACCUAGCCAAAGUCUCUACCGAGGCCGAGCACCAGCGCAAAAAGACGUACGCCACGCAGACUACCGGCGUCGUCGCGCUGCUAUUCUCAUUUUUCAUGUCGGUACUGCUCGCCCGUCGUGGCUCCAUAUACGGGGUUCUGCUGCGCUACUCAGCCCCGGUUGCGACGGUCGUCGCCGUCUACUUUGCGAGGGAACAUAUCCGGGGUUUCUGGACUGGAAAGACCCCUGGGAUCACGGGCAGUCUGCCGAAAAUGGGUGACUACGAAGAGGCAGAGAUACGAACGCAGAAGCUCCUGAACGUGUUGGAUGCAUUAAUGUUUAGUUGGAUUGCUACAUUUGUCGUGGCCGUGUUUAUAGGUUAUUAAAUGACAUUGAAGACCCUCGGCGCUGAGCGCACAAAGAUGUGCGAUGUAGAAACUACCUAUUACUCUGAAGAGAAU